AUGAAUUCGAAACGCUUAAGCAAUGAAACCGAGAAAAGUGAUGCUAGAGUAGCUUGGUGGCUUGGUAUUUCAAAACCAUCCAAAAGGGGUUAG